UCAUUUGGCCACCGACUCCCCUUCAUUUGGACAGUUGGGGGGCCAAAAAUCUCCAGACAUUGAAACAACCGGCGUGGUUUUGAAAACGGACUUUCCAGUUUAUCCAUUUCUUCGCACUGGGGACGAACUGAGUCGUUUUAUUAUCGUUGCAUUGGGGGAAAAAAAUCGUGGGAUCACCAUCGCGAGAUUAUUUGUAUUUUUUUACAUGCUGGAAGGUGCAGAAGGAAAUAGUGUCGGCUUAAUGUUGUACUUGGUUGGCUUGAAAGUAGAUAUCAUAGGCUUGAGGACAUGAGUGAGGAAACCAGCUUCUUCUUGGCCCAGUGGCUCCCGGCAGCUGCUGCUUAUCCUCGUUAUAUCUAUGAGUAAUGGCCCAGACGAUCAGUCCAUGAACCCCCAGCUACCACAAUAGUAACCGUCCAGCGUCCUCUCUGUUUCCUUCAUCUGUCUCGUAUCCAUUUAUAGGUACUGGUUCACAAACAACAUCGGGUCAGACAGCGGUGGUAGAAGCAUGGCAAUAACUCAAAAAGAAAUACUGUAUAGCAGCUGGAUAUUGGUGAAAGGGGCAAUCCGAUUUGCUUUUAUGGUCAUCAACAAUUUGGUUGCCAUUCCAUCCUAUGUUUUGUAUUUCAUAGCCCUUCAGCCAUUGAAAUUAUUUAACAGUAAACUGUUCUGGCGUGUAGAAGGAAUAAUGUUCAAAUGGCUGCUGGCUAUGGUGUCAUCAUGGGGUUGGACAGCAGGUUACACAGUGGUUGAAUGGGGAGAUGAUGUAAAAGCAAUUACCGAAGAUGAAACAGUGGUCUUGGUGAAUCAUCAGGCAACAGGUGACGUCUGCACCCUCAUGAUGUGUCUGCAAGACAAAGGAACGGUAGUUUGCCACAUGAUGUGGCUAAUGGAAUAUAUUUUUAAGUUUACAAACUUCGGUAUUGUUUCUCUCAUCCAUGGGGACUUCUUCAUUAAGCAGGGUAAAGCUCACCGUGACAAGCAACUGAUUCUCCUUCGGCAGCACUUAGAAAAGUACUACAGGAGCCGAGGUCGGAAGUGGAUUGUAUUGUUUCCUGAAGGAGGUUUCCUGAGAAAGAGGCGAGAAACAAGCCAAUUAUUUGCUAAGAAGAACAACUUGCCAUUUCUAAAACAUGUAACUCUGCCCCGACAGGGAGCUACUGAAGUGAUCUUGCAAACCCUGUGUGCACAGCAUGAAAAUGGAGCAAUUGGUGAUGCUAAUGGUGCAGUGGCCAAACACAAAGGUCUCCAGUGGGUCAUAGACAUAACCAUCGCGUAUCAGAAAGCAAAGCCAAUAGACAUCCAGACAUGGAUCAUUGGUUACAGAGAACCAACCAUCACACACGUUCACUACAGGGUCUAUCCUAUUAAAGACGUCCCUGUCGAGAGUGAGGCACUAACCAGCUGGCUCUACCAGCGGUUUGUAGAAAAAGAGGAACUCCUGGCACACUUUUAUGAAACAGGAGCAUUCCCACCUACCAAAGGUCAAACAGUGGCGACUUCCAGACCGAUGGUCCUUGACUCAUUCUGGCUCUUCCUAGUACAACUAAUGGGAUUUCUUUCUGGCUACAUGUGGUAUAAUGUUCUGCACUAUUUGUAUCACUGCUUGGGGCUCUAGGAGUCUUGAGAACUAAAACAUUGAAUUAGGAUAUGAACUCCAGUGUUUGUGUCAGUAUCCAUGCGUGAAUACAAUUGUUUCUUGAAAGAUGAUAAAAAGAGAAGAAUGGAUUCAUUCCCUGCCAUUUUGAUUGAGAUUUUUAGACUCCAAUCUAAAAUAUUAAUUCAGAUCAUCAAGUCUACGACCUGAUGUUAAGGGUUCUGACGUGUUUACGUGCUCGUUAAGCAUCCACACUGUUUAAUUAUGCUGCAUAUCUACAGAUGCCCUCUUCUAGAGGGAGAAUGCUGGAGUACUUCAAAUUAUUGCAGUAUACACCACAUCCUUCACCGUUGCUUCAGAUGACAAAGUUGCCCAGAGAUGAAUCUCGAUAGAAGAAGCCCACAUCUACCUAUUCCAGGUUAAAAUUAUACUAAUGAGAAACUUGUCAGAGCUGCCACAAUUUUGUAUGGUAUUGGCAGAGAGCAGUGUUUGUCUCCCUCAGCAGUUAUUCAAUAUAUUUUGUUUUGUGAUUCAUUAAAAGGCCACUUCUAAAGCAUGGCCUAAAGCACCUAAAAUUCUAGUGAUUUGCAGGUCAUUAAUUGUCAAUGACAUUUAUAUAGAUACCGGUAAAGUAGUUAUGAAAGCAGAAAUAACAUGUUUCAGCCUAGUUCUAGUAUGUACAAUGCAGUACAUCUGAGUACAGUUUAGUUGAAAUGACCAAAUACAGUGAUGCAGCCAAUCAUGUAGUAUUUUGCACUCGGUAAGAAGCUGCUAGUUGUAGUUAGUAAAGAAUGAUUACAGCAGUCAUGUUACAGAAUAGCCAGGCUGUUACAGAGCACUGAAUGAAUGUUAUAAAAGACUUGACAUAAUGGACUAGAAACAGUAAAAAAAAAGUUUACAAGCUAGUUGGAAGUACAGGUCAUCUGAUUAACUUUUACUCUGCUCCUUUAUUAAACUCAGAGAUUCUGGCUGCAUCUUUUAUUGUACGCAUUCUACUGUUUAUUCAAAUUGUGUGGGUAUUACUGAUGGAUUUUAUGCUAUGAUGCAAACAAUUUUUAAUCUUGUCCAUUAAUCGGAGUCUGAAGAGGUUUCAGCAGGAAUACUUGUGGCUGUUCCAACUUGUUGUUUGGAAGUUAUGACUUGAUUUUCAAAAGAUAAGACAAAAACAUAGUGUUCAGAUUUGUCUAAUUUACUUUUAAUUCAGUGUUAAUUUUCAAUUAAUGGGCUUAUGGCCAAGACGUUCAGACAAACAUUUUACUGCCUGUCAUUGGAUUCUGCCACCAAUGACGAGUUCUGUUGUUCCCAAAGGCAAUUCAGAUCAGAAAAAGUAGCUCACUUUGGAAAAAGGGAAAUGCAUUACAAUGUAUUUGUAUGUUUGAAGUCGGAAGGUAGACACACUGGUUUAGUUAGAUAGCGUACAUGUUAGAUUAACAUAUUCCAUGUUUUAAAAGUGUAAUCAUUUCAGCCAUCACACUGGCAAAAGAAUUGUUAAUUGGCAUUUUUUAUGAAUUCCAGUCAGAUAUUAAGGAAAUGUAUAUGCUUAAGCUCUUCUUCCUGCCUGGGUUCUAUUUAGGAGCCUGGGAGCUAUCUAUGCUCAUAUACAUUUCUGGGAACAUAUAGUGAACUGUUGAACUGUGGCUUGUUUCUUUAUCUACCCCUUUCCAUGCAGAGUGUGCCACUGGAUAAGGUUGGUACUGUUUUGGCUGAAGGGCUGUGGAGCAAUUGAUGGCUCUCUCAACUUUUUACCGGGGAAUUAGAAACCAUGAAGGCAACACUCGUCAAAAGAAAGAAAUGCCCUGUUUCAAUAAGCCAGCAGUUUUAAACUACUAUUUGGUAACAGGGCAGCAUGUGAAUUGUAAAUGAGUAUGGAUUAUGAAGCAAAAUUUUAAUUCGGAAUUUUGAACAAACUGCUUUACUUUGAAACCAGAAACUCAACAAGAUGAGAAACAGUUAUGCUAAUUAAGCAUGGUAUAGAAUAGUUUUAAAAAAAUAUAGAAUAUGCGCAGCAGAUGGUGAUUUGUUGACCUCGUUUUUUUUAAUUGCAAUGCGUAAAAUGACAAAAUGAUGUAAUUACCUUUCUUUCCAAUAUUCCUUAUCCUCUGUAAGGAGGCAAUUUGUAACUUAGGUUUAAACACUGUCAUAAGCAAGUUGGCUCUUGGUUACAUCUAAACACAAAGCAAAACAAUAUUGAAUUGAAAUUGUGUGGUCAGAGUGUAUGGGCCUCGCUCGUAUACUUCAGAUUCAGUGUUAUGUUGUUCCUUGGGCUAGUCUGAAUUUUUUUUUCUUUCAAUCAGAUGCACAUUUUGGAUUGUAAAGGUGCAGUAUGAGCCUACAGAUAACAGAAAUAAAAUGUUGCUGAGAUCUGCAGGUAUCACUGUACUGUUAAUCUUAUGAUUUUGGGAACAUCAACACAAAUGCUAAAAUAACAUCAGUGAGUCUAACUUGCUGAAUAAUUUUCUCUAUAUAUGGGCUAUUGUAUAUGUGGUGUGAGGUUCCAUCACGUUCUGCUAUUUUUAAAUUGUUCUCAAAUAUCAAGUUUCCUGUUUUAAUAAAUAGAAAAAAAGUUUA